CGCGGUGCACGCUGGGAAAAGGGGGAUGAGCGGGCUUGGCUCGGGUCGGCGCCGAGGAGGCUGAGUUCUGCCGUGGUCGGUGGGCGAUGGGCCUUUGGCACGCAGGCCCGUGCUAGGGAAGCGCGUGCGGCGCCGCGAAAAGGAACUGUUGUUCAUGAAACUGACAGAGUGAGGCUGCUUCAUCAUGCCUGCUGUGGCCUCUGUCCCUAAAGAGCUCUACCUCAGUUCUUCACUCAAGGACCUCAACAAGAAGACAGAAGUCAAGCCAGAGAAGAUAAGCACCAAGAAUUAUGUACAGAGUGCUCUGAAGAUCUUCAAGACAGCAGAAGAAAGCAGAUUAGAUCGUGAUGAGGAAAAGGCCUAUGUAUUAUAUAUGAAAUAUGUGACUGUUUAUAAUCUAAUCAAAAAUAGGCCUGACUUCAAGCAACAGCAGGAGCAUUUUCAUUCUAUUCUUGGACCUGCAAACAUCAAAAAAGCUAUUGAAGAAGCUGAAAGACUCUCAGAAAGCCUUAAACUCAGAUAUGAAGAAGCUGAAGUUCGGAAAAAACUUGAAGAAAAGGACCGGCAGGAGGAGGAGCAGCUGCAGAAACAUAAAAGGCAGGAAGCAGGCAGAGAGGAAGGAGGCACAUCAGCUAAAGGUUCUUUGGAAAAUGUACCAGGUUCCAAACACAAAACCCUAGAGAUAAAUGGUGAAAACAGUGAAAAAAGUGAAACCACAGAGAAAGGAUCAAUUUCAGCCAAGGAACUGUACACAAUGAUGAUGGACAAAAGUACCAGCUUAAUCAUUAUGGAUGCUCGAAGAAAGCAGGAUUAUAUGCAUUCCCGAAUUUUUAACUCUCUCUGUGUUCCCGAAGAAGCCAUCUCUCCAGGGGUCACUGCUAGUUGGAUUGAAACAAACCUUCCCACUGAUUCUAAAGACACAUGGAAGAAGAGGGGAAGUGUGGAUUUUGUGGUACUUCUUGACUGGUUUAGUUCAACAAAAGAUUUACAUGUUGGAACAACUCUACGGAGUCUGAAAGAUGCACUUUUCAAGUGGGAAACAAAAACAAUCCUGCGCAAUGAGCCCUUAGUCCUGGAAGGAGGCUAUGAAAAUUGGCUUCUUUGUUAUCCCCAGUACACAACCAACGCUAAAGUCACCCCGCCACCACGAGGCAAGAAUGAAGAGGUGUCUAUCUCAUUGGAUUUUACUUAUCCCUCACUGGAAGAACCAGUUCCUUUUAAGCCUGCUGCACAGAUACCGCCUCUUUCAAUAGAUGUAGAGGAAAAUAUGGAGUUGAUAAAUGAUCAGGAUGAGAGAAUGGGACCACUGAGCUUAUCCGCUCCAUCUGAACCAAUUGUUUCUUCUAAGUCUGAUGUUUCGCCCAUGAUUCAACCAGUGCCUAUCUUAAAAAAUGUUCCAUUGAUUGACCGUACAAAAAAACCGGCAGUCAGAUUGCCCGAAGAUCAUAGAAUACAAUCUGAAAAUACAGAUUAUGAGCCGCAGUCUCAGAAUGGAAAAGUUGUUCCCGAUCGUUCCACAAAGCCUGUGUUUAUAUCUCCAACUACCAUGCUAACAGAUGAAGAAAAAGCUCUUAUCCAUGCAGAAACUGCUCUGCUCAUGGAGAAAAACAGGAGAGAAAAAGAACUCCGAGAAAGGCUUCAAGAGGAACAGAAAGAGAAACUUCGGAGGGAAGAACAGAAAAUCAGAGAGAAGCUUGAAGCUGAAGGAAAUGGAGUCACAGAAAGGCAGCAAAAAGGAAAAGAAGAAAUAGAAAAGAGAGAAAGUGAACAGGCCAAGAAAGAAGAGAAGGAAAUCUCAGCAAAGAGGGGCAGAGAGAUAACAGGAGUGAAAAGACAGAAUAAGAGUGAACAUGAAACUACUGAUGCUAAGAAAUCUGUGGAAGACAGAGGGAAAGGGGACCCGACCCCAGAACUGCAGAGAAAGCCGACAGAUGUGCCCCAGGCCUCUGUGCCAGGAGAUUCAAGUGCAGGCAAGCCUGUUAAGAUUAAAGGACAACCAGAAAGUGGAAUUCUGAAGACUGGAACCUUGAGAGAAAAUAUAGAGGACACCGAAAAAAGUAAAGCUCAGCGAGAACCUUUGACAAGAGCACGGAGUGAAGAAAUGGGAAGGAUUGUACCAGGACUGCCUUUAGGCUGGGCCAAGUUCCUGGACCCGAUCACUGGAACUUUUCGUUACUAUCAUUCACCCACCAACACUGUUCAUAUGUAUCCACCGGAAAUGGCUCCUCCUGCUGCACCCCCUUCCACCACCCCAACUCAUAAAACCAAACCACAGAUCCCUGCUGAGCGGGACCGGGAACCCUCUAAGCUGAAGCGUUCCUACUCCUCCCCAGAUAUAACGCAGGCUAUUCAAGAGGAAGAGAAGAGAAAACCAACAGUAACUCCAACAGUUAAUCGGGAUAACAAGCCAACAUGUCACCCUAAAGCAGAGAUUACAAGGCUUUGGAGUAAUCAGAUUCGAAAUCUCAGUCCCGUUUUUGGAGGACCUGGACCAGCUCUCACUGGACUUCGUAAUUUAGGAAAUACUUGUUACAUGAACUCAAUACUACAGUGCCUGUGUAAUGCUCCAUGUUUGGCUGAUUAUUUCAACCGAAACUAUUACCAGGAGGAUAUUAACAGGUCUAAUCUAUUGGGGCACAAAGGUGAAGUGGCAGAAGAAUUUGGCAUAAUCAUGAAAGCCUUGUGGGCAGGACAGUACAGGUAUAUCAGCCCAAAAGACUUCAAAAUAACCAUUGGGAAGAUCAAUGACCAAUUUGCAGGAUAUAGCCAACAAGAUUCACAAGAACUGCUGCUGUUCCUGAUGGAUGGUCUCCAUGAAGAUCUAAAUAAAGCUGAUAACCGGAAGAGACAUAAAGAAGAAAAUAACGAUCAUCUCGAUGACUUGAAAGCUGCAGAGCACGCCUGGCAGAAGCACAAGCAGCUCAAUGAGUCUAUUAUUGUUACACUUUUUCAGGGUCAGUUUAAAUCCACAGUCCAGUGCCUCACCUGUCACAAAAAGUCUCGGACAUUUGAGGCCUUCAUGUAUCUAUCUUUGCCGCUAGCAUCCACAAGUAAAUGCACAUUACAGGAUUGCCUUAGGUUAUUUUCCAAAGAAGAAAAACUCACAGACAACAACAGGUUUUACUGCAGUCACUGCAGAGCUCGGCGGGACUCUCUCAAAAAAAUAGAAAUUUGGAAGUUACCACUUGUGCUUUUAGUGCAUCUGAAACGUUUUUCCUAUGAUGGCAGGUGGAAGCAAAAAUUACAGACAUAUGUGGACUUCCCAUUAGAAAAUCUUGAUUUGUCUCAGUAUGUUAUUGGUCCAAAGAACAACUUGAAGAAAUAUAAUUUGUUUUCUGUUUCGAAUCACUACGGUGGGCUGGACGGAGGCCACUACACUGCCUACUGUAAGAACGCAGCCAGACAGCGCUGGUUUAAGUUUGAUGAUCAUGAAGUCUCUGAUAUCUCCAUUUCUUCUGUGAAAUCUUCAGCAGCUUACAUCCUCUUUUAUACUUCAGUGGGACCACGAGCAGCUGAUGUAGCCACAUAAAUUAAAAGUAGGGGAUCAGCUAGUUAACCUUUGAAAAGGCUGAGCAACACAACUCUUGAAAUGCGCAUAACGAUACUGGAUAGCUCGAGCUGGAGUUGCAGAGCAACGGUAUGAUAGUGGGAGCUGUGUUACUGUCGCCACAUAUUUCAGGUCAGUGAUAUAAGAAAAAGCUGACAACAUUUAACAAGUAUUGCAGUAAGCACUCCUUGCAGGUACCAUUUAUUUAAAAAGAACUUUUGUAGUCUGCUCCAAAGUCAGAAAUAAUUAGCUAAGUAUUAUACUGGCCUAAAAACCAUUGAUAUCCUUUCUUUUCCUUUUCACUGUAUGGCCUUUUCACUUUCUAAAUCCCAGCUUGACCUAUGAAUAAUACUCUAGAAUGAUGUAAAGCAGAUAGGAAUGUAUGUGUAUAUAUUUAUUGCACAAUUGCACAUCAAAUCGAUGUAUAUACUCUAAUACAUGGUCCUUUUGUGAAGCCUAGAACUCAGAUAAUUGCUUUUUUUGUUUUUUUCCCUUCUCUUGGCCUCUUCUGAGUAACUGCAGUGCUUUCUUAGGGAAAUGACAGGGCAAAGCUGUUUUUCUGUUAGCUUUGGGCUGUAUUUGUGCACUAAAUCUUUAUUCUAAAAAAAAUAAAAUGUAAAACUUUUCUUUAAUUUUUUAAAAUAAGAACUCUCAUUUAUACCUACAUUAAAAUCUUAAUGAGAAAAAUAAUUUAAAACCC